AUGGCAUCCGCACAGAAACGUCCAAGAAGAGACGAAAACGAAACCAUAGAUGGUUAUAUCCAUAUGAUAUCCCCCGUGAAGACGUCAAAAAACAAAAACAUCAAGUAUUUCAACGCCGAAAAACUGAAAUUUACGGACGUUGUUUGUUUCAAGCCAGACCUACACUGCAACUUCCAAGACUUGGAAAAGAACAAAAGCCCAGUGUCCCUCAAGAACAUACAGAGAGUUCCAAGCAAUAGAACUUCAGCAGACUUUGACAUAAGGGUUGGAUUUGCAUCAGAAUUGUCUACUCCAGUGAGAGCAUUGGACUUUGACUUUCAACCUCCACCUACGCUUCAAACCACAACUAUCAAAGAUAUUGAGCAGAACUUGAAUGCUUUUCAAAAGGCAACCAUUGCAAUCAAAGUUAUUGACAUUGGACCUACAGAAUCGCGCACAACCCGGUCAGGGCAAGUAAUGGAUUGCAAACACAUUAUCGUUGCUGAUUCUACCAGCUCAAUCUCCUGCUGUUUGUGGGAAGCCCACUUUGACUCCAUAAAACUCGCCCAGUCAUACAAAAUAACCAAUGUAGCAGUGAGAAAUUUCGACAACAUCAAAACUCUUACUACAUGCCCAGAUACAGCCUUUGAAGCAACCAAUGACAUUGGCCCCAUUGUAGAAUCUGAAAAGAAACCCAUUUCAGUAGAAAAAAUUAUUCGCAUCAAGUCUGCUGCAUGCACCGCGGCCAACAAAUGCUCAGUCUGCAGCAAAGACGUGGGGAACUUCAACUCUGAGCUUGACACCAUAAAAUGCCAAUCUUGCAACAUGAGACAAAGAACCCUCGACAUCACAAAACAAUAUAAAUGUGAGGUAGUCGCUCAAGUCGACAACAACAACACCAAGUUAAUAAUACCGGAUUUAGUGUUGAGAGGCCGUCCAGACCUUGUCCUUGAUCCAAAUCAGUUGGAAACACAACUCCUCAAUUCCGUAUCUCUAACUGUGAAACUCAACAUUGGCUGCACACAUGUGUUGGACAUUACACACAUCCAAAAUUGAGGGAUUUAUCAAAGAAACUGUAUACUUUUUGUUAAGUACAAAUCAGCAAUUUGUAUCGGUUAAAAAAAUUGGUACUUUAAAGUUGUAGCUGCUCAUUUUUUAUUUUUUUUUGUACAAAUAUACAAGUACAA